AUGGAAAAUCAAACGGCAGUCACCACCGCGCAAGCUCCUUCUCCGCGUCUCUUCAGUCAGGUUUCAGCAAGACCAGGAGAUUCUAAGUUGAUAUUUAGGCUAAUCCAUUUCUGGGAAGCUAGAAACAAUUCGAAUGAAGGCAUACUACUUGGGUUCGAUAUGCUGAUUAUUGAUGAAGCACUAU